AUGAGCCUCUUGGAAUUGCCAGUUAGGGACAAUGGACCAUUCCCAGCGUCCCAAGCGAACCAGCAAUGCUUCACGUCCACUAACCCCGCCAGCUGUCAACGCUGUCGCUCCCGCAAGGUCAAAUGUACUGGCACCCAUCCCUGCGACAAGUGCUGUCAACGUCGGGAAGACUGUGUCUUCGAAGAUGAUCGCAAGAUCGUAGUCUCUGAAGAGUUAUUCCUAUCCCUCAAGCGAAAAGUGGAGGCUUUAGAAAAGAGCGGUGACUCUUCCCCGGUGGUCAAACGCCGGCGAGCCGUGACGGCUGACAGUGCGAAUGAAUCCAGCUAUGAACCAGCAUCGGAGUUGGCCCGAGAGGCAUCGCUCGACCCAGUCGAGUCCCAUCGAAUGGAUGACCAUUUCACCUCCAACCCUUUCAUCAAUCCGGGCUACCUCAAGCAUACCGGACGACGACAGCGGAUAUGGCUGUUUCUUGGACCGACUUCGACCUGGUCGUUCAGUCGCCGCAUUCUUACCAUUGUACAGGCACAUAUCUCGCCAGAGAGUCCACGCGCAAUCCCUCUCGCGGUAGAUGGCGAUGCAUAUCAAAUACAGUGGCGCCACGCCAGUUCUGAGGAGGCUCCUGACAUUAGCGGUCUGCCCUCUCUAGAGCAUGCACUGUACAUGGUGAGCACCGUGCAGUUUCAUUUCACCCACCUGUACCGGCUAUUCGAUGAGGAUGAGUUCUAUCGGCAUUUGUAUGAGUUUUACGAUGAUGCGGCAGCCAAGGUGCAGGAACGCCGUCUGUGGUACGUGCAGUUUCUCAUCAUCCUAGCCUUCGGAGAGGCCUUUCUGGACCCAGUGCGGAACCACACAAACACAGCGGGCUGGACCAAGUAUUUCUCCAGGGCUAUGUCACUGCUGCCCGAUAUUACCGGGUUAUGGCAGGACCCUACACUCGCGAUUGAGGUGCUGGCUCUCAUUGGGCUGUAUUUCCAUUCGGUGGAUAUGAGGGAUACUGCCUAUUGCUAUAUUGGCCAUUCAAUGCGCAUGGCAUUGGUUGAAGGGUUUCACCGAGCGCUCCCAGUCAAUCAAUUAGGACGAAAGUUAGUCGAACGCUGCAGCAACAUCUGGUGGACAGUGUAUAUCCUGGACCGUAAAUUCGCGGCGCUGAUAGGAUCCCCGAAUUCAGUGCGGGACGACGAGAUCACCACGCUGUUAUGGGACCCGCGCACGUGUUCUCGCAAUGAGGCUACCCUGAGCCUUCAUGUCAAGAUCACGCAAGUCAUAACGCGCGUGUUGAACACUGUAUACAGUGCCGAUGGCACACUGGGAGGGGUCUUUCUUCGCAAGGUACGAUCAGUCUUGCAAGAAAUGACAACCCUCUCGCAGGAGCUCGAUGAGGUCUUUACGAAUCGCUUCGCAAACUCAGUUGACUCGCUAUCUGGGGUUACCACACGCCUGACCCUAUCCUGUCAUCUUUGCAUCAUUGUCACAACAAGACCCCUCGUCCUGAGCCUGCUAUGGGAGCGCCUCGGUUGCUUUGAGGCAGGUACCGAGUUUCGCACUUUAUCCCCGCCCGUGCAAGCAUUGCUUCAGGCGUGCAUCGACUCCGCGACGAAAUCAUUGCGGAUACUUACCGCAUUGCGCGACCAAAACCUCCUAGAAACUUUCCUUCCUUUCGACCUAGAAAACCUCUUUUCCUCCUUCUUUAUUCUUUCUGUAAUCUCCGCCAUCCUUCCCGACACCCUGACCGAUCCGAGUUACCGCGACAUGGGCUAUAGCCUGCUCGACGCGAUGAUCGAGCGAGGAAACCGCGUGGCGCAGCUUCGCAGAUCCGAAGUUGAGCUGCUGGAAGAACUGAUAGCUCCCUUAAUGCAACGGCAGGGCCGAUCCCCCGACAUCGGAAAUUAUGAUUCUGCGCGGCCGCACCUGGCCACACCUACCAGCCAAGGUCAGGAGCGACACACGGAGCAAAUUGAACCAUCAGAGUCAGGGCUGCAUGGGGAGAUAGGGGGAUCAGGGAUUCCGCCCCCACAUGAGAUCUCGGAGCAGGAUGACGAAAUCGCACUUGAUUGGCGGGGAUUAGGGCUGUCGUUGGACUGCAUGCUGACAGCGGCGGACCAAUUGAACACGAAUAAUUUGGUGCUGGAUGCAGAGCGCGAGGGAUUGCAGACAGACCUGUGGUUGUGGGAGAGUUGA